UCUGCCAGAUGUUGGGGAUCAAAGAUGAAUUGAGAAAUUAGCUGAGAGGAUAUAAUUAAGCAGAAACUUUAAGCAUACUCUAAAAAUCUAUAAAAGAAAAACAAUAGAGGGUUUAAUCCGUGCUUUCCUCCAGGUGUGUUUGGGGCGGUAAGGUCCCCACCUCCCACCCCCGACUCCAUUCCCUCACGGCGUUCUCAAGGCGAAGAUUUGAGAAGUAUUAGAUAUAUAAUCCCCGGGGUUAGGUCUCGCUUUCAGGAAGUUGUGAAGCCUGAAUCCUAACCUGGCCCCAUUGUUCCCUGAAUUCCCAUCAUCCGAUCCGGGACUUAGCGGCCUGACUGGCAGCUCAUUCAACGUCAGGAGGCCCGGGGGAGGGAGCUGGAAGAGCCUGAAACUAUUCCCCCGACUCAGCGACCCCACCUGGAGGUCGGUCCCUUCGACGAGCAACGACCCCUAAGGUGGAUCUCAGGCGACAUUCUUAGAACAUGUGACCAAUUUAAAAGGAGACUGGCGGGCGCGUGUUAGUGACCCCAAAAACGUCACAAGUCCUAAACCGAGGUUUUCGCUCUCAGCGGACCCGGAGACCCCGCCCCUCGCCCUCCUAAGAGCUUGGCAUCCGGGAGCAGCGCCGCUGGACAGCGGCCGAAAGCACAGGCGCCGAUUGGCCAGCGCGAUCGUUGGGCGGGGCCAAAUCUUAAAGGGCCAGGAGCUAAGACCGGCGGUGCCGGUGGCUGUAGCGAAAGGCUGGGAGGCGAUGCCACGUGGCCCCAUUUAGGUUUCUUUUAAAUCUCUCUAAUGCCCAUACCCUAGUCUCAGGCCCAUGGAGCCCACACGAGACUAUCCACUGUUCGGGGGCGCCUUCUCCGCCACUCUCCCUCCGGGGGCCAUUGACAUAAGCGACCUCCGACCGGUCCCGGACAAUCAAGAAGUUUUCUGCCAUCGCAUGACAGACCAGAGCCUGAUCGUGGAACUUCUAGAGCUGCAGGCCCACGUUGUUGGAGAAGCAGCUGCGCGGUAUCACUUUGAGGACGUUGGCGGGGUGCAGGAGGCUAGGGCUGUGCAAGUAGAGGCUGUGCAACCCAUCCCUUUGGAGAACCUGGCCUUGAGGUGCUGCUGUGAAGAAGCCUGGGUUCUCUCUGGCAAGCAGCAGGUAGCUAAAGAGAACCAGCAGGUAGCAAAGGAUGUGACUCUGCACCAGGCCUUGCUGCGGCUACCCCAGUACCAGACUGAUCUCCUGCUCACCUUCAAUCAGCCACCCCCUGACAACAGGUUAUCUCUUGGCCCUGACAAUCUGUCACUUCCACCCUGGAGCCUGGGUGACUUUCAACAGCUGGUGACCAGUCUGACUCUUCACGAUCCCAAUAUCUUUGGCCCCCAGUAAAGAUGCUGAAACGCUGCAUGAGAUGCUGCUG